GCAAGCUGCAGAUGUACUUAUAGCAUACAUACCAAUGCAGCUGUUUAAGAUGGGACCCACUGUAAGAUAUUGAAACAGAUGUGUUGUGCAAAAGGUUUCUACAGAAGAACCCUCGCAACGCUGCUGGGAAAAAGUGGCUGGCCAUGAUAGCUGUGCCUUGUCCACUGCGUUGCUGUGGGUCCUGCGUUGUCCUCCUCCUGGUUUUGUCAGGGCCUGCUUGGCCACGCCUUGCCCAGGCCUUGUCAAAGUAUUGUCCGGUCUGUUUGUCCUGCUCGUCUGGGUUGUCCGCGUAUGUUUUUGUGUGGCUAGAAAUGCAACAGUGGUGCAGCAUUUCAUCCUCGGAUUUUUUCGUGACACAUAUAUAUCCUUUUUGUUUUGCCCAUGUGACCCAGGAAUCAGGAACUAUGGUUUUCAAAAAAUGCCGUUACCAAACAGCUGGAACCUAUAGGAACAUUGGAAUUCAAGGAGUUGACGCAAAAAAACACAUGCUGAAGAAAGAAGUUCCUUGGCCCAAUCUCCAUUUCUCCAUUUCUCCAUCUAAAUUCCUUGGCUCAAGGUCCAUGUACUCUUGGUGCCUGUACGUUUGGCUUCAGUCAUGGACAAGACCCUCUUGCAGAAAGAUGACGAGGGCAAGUUUAAUCCUGAGACCGGCCUUUCAGUACCUCAAGUAGCCAUUUGGAUGGUGUUCAUCACCAUUUUCAUGGACACACUGGCGGCUACUAUCUCAACUCCUGCAUUACCCUAUUAUGCCCGUUCCUUUCAUGUGAACAAUGCAGCUGUGGGCUAUUUAUAUGCAUCAUGGAGUUUCACAUCGGCAUUUUGCGCACCCCUUCUAGGUCAGCUUUCGGACAAAUGGGGAAGACGCACCAUUCUCCUCGCAUCUCUGUUGGGAGCGGGGCUCGCAAAUUUGGGCCAGGCACGUGCGGCAAGUUACUAUGAACUUCUUGCUUGGCGUGCUUUCUCUGGAGUUUGGGCUGCUGUGGGGAAUUCGGCUCAGGUCUACCUGAGUGAUGUUUGCUCGUCACUGGUCUUAGCAGAUUAUAUGUCAAAGCUUUCGGCGGUUCCCAGCCUUGCAAUGACUUUUGGCCCUGGUUUGGGAGGUGGUCUCUCAAAGUUUGGUUUGAAUAUCCCAGUCUUGGUUGAUGGGAUUUUGUCCUUGGCCGCUGCUGCCCUUUGCUGGGUUUACUUGCCGGAAUCACCUGCAUGGGCCUCGAAAAAAGCUGCAGAUGCUCAGCCCAAAGGUGACCAAAAGCAACCUCAAAAAAGUAUUCCUAGUAGCGUGUAUGUGCUUGCUAUUUCCGGUUUCUUUGGUGGAAUAAGUUUUGGAACGGCCGUGUCGAUGACCGCGAUCUUUCUGGAUGCAAAGCUUGAAUUUGACUCUCUCCACGUUGGUUUCACAUUUGUUCUCACAGCCAUUGCCACCUUGGCCACCAGCAUUUGGGGAACUGGAUCCGUGCAGAAGGCUGUUGGAUUGAAGAGUUGUGCAGUACUUGGAUCCAUUGUGAGCGGGAUUCUCACUAUCGGGAUGGCUUUAAUUCCCGGCAUAUGGCCUACUCUGGUUUUCAUGUGCCUGUCGCGGGCUGGCACCACCCUGCGCGCCGGAAGCAAUGGAACGAUCCUUGCUAACUUCACAGAUGCAUCGAACAGGGGAACCGUUUUUGCACAGCAGCAAUUUGCAAUGAACAUGGGGCGACUUGUUGGUCCAGUGGUUGCCGGUCACCUUGCAGUCACGGAUCCUGUGGUCCUUCCGAUGGUCUUCUCCGCAGCUUGCUCCAUCCUCUCCGGGUUGAUCCUCAUGGCUGUUGCAAUGCCGGAAGCUCCAAAACAGACUUCCCAAGCACUCCGAGGAUUUACUGAUCUUGGUAGUGAGUCUAUGCUUGAAUUGGAGUAUGGCAGUGCUCAAGAUUGCCAGGAAUUGGGCAAUUUCGUGGGAGAUUUGCUGUCAAAAAGGCGCUACCGUUGGAUUUCCAGAAAGAAGGCCAUUUAUUGUAUGCUGGACAACUUGCUUCCAGAACUUUCUGCAGACGCCGGCGAUCAUUUGGAGGAUUUGCAGCGACUCAUGAAGCAUGUCGAGCUGAUCCGAAAGGACUUUCAGUCCGUACAAAGCAGAGAUUGCUGAUGCGACGUGCUGCACGAUUGAUUCUACCAAGAUGUCAAUAGAAAGAAAAGGUGUCGCCACACAGGCUUCAUUGCUUCGGUGCUAUUGUGAUGACACGUGAUGACUAAACUACAGGUCCUUUGACUCUUUGAGCUUCAGCAUCAUGGUUGUAAGACGGA